GCUGCGCUCGACUCUUCCUUCCAGGCGUCUCCGAACUUGCGAUCGCACAAGCUUCUACCUCGAAAUAGAGCCGAAAUCCCCUCUCCAACACCCACCGGACCUCCGCGCAAAGACUCUUCGCAAGGAGACGAGGACGAUCCCAUGUCUGAGGCAAGUAGUGCUACCUCUCUGCCGUCGAUUUCCACCGCCAAAGGGGCAGAGAACGGCUUACCUCCCACGCCACCCUCGAAUUCCCUUGAUGGAGAAGCUCCCGUCCCUCUCAGUCCUCCUCCGCACGCCGACAGUGUGGUCUCGUCAUUACUAUCGAAGAAAUCGUCUCUCAGCACGCCCGUGAAUAAUCGAAGCCCUCCCACUCCCGACCCCAGCCCCCCUCGAACCACCGAAUCCAUGAAGACCCCCGACACUUCCACGCGCCCGGAACGACCUCCAAUGCUGGCUUAUCCAUCUUCCCGCGCUGAAUCCUUCAUGACCGCAAAGGAAGAGCUAAACUCGUCCGAUAUAGACAGUGGGCUGAGUACGCCGCUGGGAGAUAGAUUAAGCAUGGUGGCUGAAGAGCGCGGUCUUGGGCUUGCAUUCGAACGCGAUGAUGGUGAUGUCACUCCGACCGCAGAGAUACAGGACCCGUUCGAGACGCCGAAUGAGAUCGGACCCACGGGCGAGGAGAACAAGGAUCCCUUGAGUGUGGAGGAGAUACCCGAUCGGGAAUGGGAUACGAAUCUAAUGAGAAAUGUCACCAUUCGCAGAAAACGUCGAGACUCGAAACCUUCUCCACAGAAGAAGGCGGAUCCCAUCGACACGGAAAUGCCAGAAUCCCCAUCCAAGCGGGCGUCCUGCAGGCGGACGUCGAGCCUGCGCGAGCGCGUGCAAGCAAGUAAGGGCAGCCCGCGAACGCCAUCUGUCGAAAAUUUUGCGCGCUCAAUUGGCUGGCCGACAGACGCUAGCAACGCGCCUGACGACCAAAAGCGCGAUGUGGAUACCAAACGGUUGUCAGUGUCGUCCACAACCUCAGCAGUCGUCGAAGCCAUGGUCAUCGUGACACCGCCCAGAAGGAGACAGACGCUGCGCCAUUCCGGCAAGAACUUGGCCUAUAGGCCGGUCUACGAGAGGGACGAACCGUCGGGGGAUCUUACUCAGUCGAAUCGAAACUCGAUGGUUUCCGAGGACACCCACCGGCUGGUACACAAGCGUGCUACUGUCCAGAGAAUCAGCACGCCUGCAUCCUCACUCCGCCACGCCAGCACGCCAAUUUCCUUCCGUCGGAACACGCCCAUAGAUAGUUCGGCUUUCACUCUGGCGCAUCAAGAGUCGGUGCGGAGGGUGUUACAGCCAGCAGCCGACAUCAUGAGUCGAUCGAACUCGGUGACUAGGAACCACCCACUAGAGAAAAGCUUUCAUAAACGCAUCUCCUCUGCGCCCGAGACCACGAGGAGAAUGGCAGCAUCUCCCGGUCCGCGGGCGUUUGUAGAAUUGUCAGCACCUGAGAGCCCCACGAGAGAUCGCAGUAUGGUGCAGCCCCCACGAGUCCGGCGAACGUCUCCGGCCAUCAGGACCCCAGGACCGGUCGAUGCUUCUCCUACGUCGCCAACAGCUGAGAGGAGGCUUCCAAAAUCGGCUCAGUAUUCUCCGAGUUACGAUAAGUCGCUUCCCGAGCUCCCAGCCGAGUCCGCUUCAAAGGCGAAAGAGGAGGUCCAACCAGCACCUGCGCCAGUAGUUGAGACUGACAGGACUCCCGUCACAUUCCAUGAUGCAGUAUCUGAGCAGCCUGCAGAAACCGAUGAUGCCCCCCGAGAGCGUCCAACGCAACGGCGAGGUUCGUCUGCGGAAAGAACGCCAACGGUCCGACGAGGAUCUCUGUCGACACGGGGGCGAUCCGAAGAGCGAAGACGCAGCACCCAUAGCCAGGAUCGAAGAUCUAACUCUGGCGAUACCCUCCUUCAUCCCAGCAUGGACCGCAUCCCCACGGAAGAACUUCCGCGCCACAGCUCGGAAUGGAACCAUGAUCACAGGCGGGUCAGUUUUGAUAGGUCGACAUCACGUGCGAGCGAUGAGCAUGCUAUGGCGCGACAUCUGUUUGCGCAGACCACGCCGUUCUCGCAAAUCUCGGAUACGCCCAUCGAAGUCAGCGAAGCAACCGCAGUCAGCAUUUUUCCGCACAACAACCAUUCCCUACUGGUCGUACAGCAACCGGCACGCUCGAGCCUGAUGCCCGGCGAGGAAGACGUACCCUACGAUACUAGAGUGCCGACUUCGGAUCCAAAGGCUUCUGAGGAAGCGUCUUCUGCACUUAUGCUUCGCGCAAACAGCCAGGACGCAGCGAUACCCGACCAACCGACCGUGACCGUAGAACCAUCUACUCCUCCGAUGAAGAUCAGCCUCCCUAGCCAUGUCGAUUCGCCGCUAAAGAAUCCGAGGGCCGCACCUGUCCCACCACAGAUCAACUUCAUACCUCCAACUCCUUUGGAUGAGGUCGAGGCCCUGCAGUUGCAGCCAGCGUCGUUACAGCCAGCGCCACCCGGCCCUCCCAAACGCUCUGAUUCCCACCCCCAGCGCCGUCUAUCCCUCAAAGAGCGCGCCCGUCGCUACUCAGAUAACUUCAUCUCGCCGCUCCUCGCGAGAGCCUCCAGCACUCGGGGACGUUACGUCAGCGAUCCGCACACCCACCAGAACCCGCGCGUGCCGACUGUCAACGACAUGGACGGCGCUCUCCAUCCCUUCUGGCGACCCCGCGGCUUCUGGGACGACUUCGACGAAAGCGAGUCCGAAAGUGACGACGACAUCCUCCCUCGAGGCGGCGACACUAGCGACGUUGAAGAUGAGCCUGAGCCGCAACCACCAAAGAAAGGAGCCGUCCUGAAGCGGAGGUUAACGAACGGUCUGAAAGGACCAGGAGGCUUCCUCAUCGGCAACUCCCUCGGCGUCGAGCGUCAUGGCUCCAACAGACGCCGUCCACGCAUCGACCUCCCAACCCGUCGCUUCUCCAACAAGACCCCCAAAGUCCUCAUCCAAGCACCCACCCUCCCAUCAGAACCACGCUCGCGCUCCCCACCACCACACCCCAACCGCGUAGAGAAGCGCAUAUCACGAAGCAGCCCACGCAACUCGUCCACGAGCAGCCUCGACCGCCCCCGCCGCACGAGCCGCCGCGACGCCUGGCGCGAUGGCAAGCGCAUCCCCGGCGUCCCGCGCCUCCAAGUCCAAUACAUCGGCUUCAGCGGCGUCAAGGACCGCAUCCGCGAGCGGCGCGCAGAGAAACGUCGGGAUGAACUGCGUCGCAGCAUCGGGACGAGGUAUUACGUU